UACGUCGAAAAAAUACGCACACAUCAGCACUGAUCAGCACCUAGCAUUCGUUCGGAUGCGUAACGCCGCAUGUCUAGACAUUCAUAACAGUCUCAUUGGCUCGAGAUAUGACAGUGUGAGGCAUUUGUUGACCGUGUCACGUUAUCUUGCCGUCGUGUCAUCGUACACUUUUCUGAGAACCUGCCGAUAUCUCAGUCGUGACAUUCUAACCACGAACGACGGCCACUCAUUCGUGCUCGCGCGCACGGCAUGGAAGCAUCCUGACUCUCCUGAUGAGGCAACGACGGCGCCGAGAUACGCACCGAGCACACCAUCGACGCACCAUUAGCGAACUUUGGAAUUUCGCACUUUGACCUCCCCUUACGCACUCGACACCUUGGCACGCGUGACUCCAACAUACACACUCACGGUCCCACGCGUCACCGAGAAUGCUGAAUUAGGUAGAGAAACGCAACAUUUAUGUCUUCUAUAAAGCGUACAAAUUAGUAAUAUUUAUUUAUCACCAUGGGAGUGUUUACCUCUGUGAAGCAAUCGACAGUGGUGCAUCUUAUGUUCGCCAUUACAUUUUUUACAUCCGGCUUGAUAAUAAAUUUCUUCCAAUGCAUUUUAUACUUUGGACUGAGACCUUGCUCUAAGUAUCUUUACCGCAAGAUUAAUUACUAUCUCUGCUACUCCUUUUACUGUCAGUUGGUGUUUAUGGCAGAAUGGUGGGCAGGAUCUGACUUAAUAUUGUACAUGGAUAAAGAGAACUUUGACAAAUAUGUCGGUAAUGAGCAUGGCUAUCUUUUGAUGAACCAUAGUUACGAAACCGACUGGUUGAUAGGCUGGCUGUUGUGCGAUCGUGUAAGACUGUUAGGCAACUGCAAAGCAUAUGCCAAGAAGUCGAUACAGUAUAUUCCAACAUUGGGAUGGGCAUGGAAGUUUGCUGAGAGCAUCUUUCUUGAGAGAAGUUGGGAGAAAGAUAAAGAGAAAAUCAAGUAUCAAAUUAAGGAGCUGGUCGAAUAUCCCGACACGAUGUGGCUGCUGCUUUACCCCGAGGGUACACGCUUCACGCCGAAGAAGUUGGAAGCCAGUCAGCAAUUCGCUAUUGACAAAGGUCUCCCGGUGCUGAAGUACCAUUUAACGCCACGCACAAAAGGCUUCACGGCCAGCGUUCCGCACAUGAGAGGCAAAGCGACGGCUAUCUACGAUAUUCAGAUAGCGUUCAAGCCAUCUGACCCGGUGAAGCCGACCAUGAAGAAUCUCCUUCUAGGGAAACGGCAGCAGGGUUAUAUGUAUGUCAAAAGAAUCCCCAUCGAGGAGGUGCCGGAGGACGAUGAGGCUGCCGCUGAAUGGCUGCACAAGCUCUACCAGCAAAAGGAUCGUAUGAUGGAGAGCUUCUAUGAGACCGGCGAUUUUUUUACGACAAGUGGAGUGCCUAGGACAGACACGUUCACGUUAAAGAGAAGAUAUUAUUCCCUCAUUAAUACCAUAUUCUGGUCGGUAGUUGUCCUUGUACCAAUGCUGUAUUACCUUCUAAGGCUCCUCCUAUCCGGCUCGAUCACCUAUUCCAUCGGAGUUGCAAUUAUCUUUUCAUUUUAUCUGCUAAUGUACAAAACUCUCGGAAUGUCAGAAAUCAGUAAGGGCUCGUCAUACGGCGCGGCGGAUGCGAAGAACAAAUAAUUGCCGAAGCGACCGUUGACGAGGAACGACUUCCAGAAAGAGUGCGAAGAUCCAGAGGAGCGAUACGUGUUUAAAAUAAGGAAACAGCGGAGCAGCACACAGGGUGGACGAGCGAAGAACACAUAUACAUUUAAUUAACACUUUUGUGCAAUCCAUUCAGCGAAAAUUGUGUUUCUCUGUAUGGAUUAAGGUAUACACAUACACACACACAUACAUAUACACAGAGGACACACACAUAAGUAUAUACAUGUACAUACAUAUAUAUAUAAUAUAUAUCUAUUGGUAUAUUAUAUAACAUUUACAUAUUUUUUUGCGUUGCAUUUUUUUCUUAUAUAGCAAUUGUUAUUGUUAAAUAAACGUUCAAUCCCAAGGCGGCGAAAUUAACUUA